CUGAUGUUAGGUUAUGUGCGUGGAGAGCCGCUCCCGCCACGGAAAUUUCUGUGGCUCUGUUCGUUGACAUCAUCCGUCUUCGUCCACGGUUUGCACCACCUUGGGAAUUAGAGUUGCUAUUGAAUUCCAAGACUCCGCCUAGCAAACUAUGGCAACUCUGCAAUCUCUGUCACUUACUUUCCGUCCAUCAAUUCCAGCCCCAAAUUCUCACGCUUUUCCGGCAGCCACUCUCUUUAAUUCUUCCCCCAAAUUCAUAUUCUCAAAUGGUCUCCGUGUCAGCCUCAGACAUUCUAUAAUUUCUCCAAGGGUUUCCAAUUCCCAGUAUAGUCCCCAAAUAACGGAAACUCUCGGUGAUGUUAGCAUUUUUACCGCUUCCGGCGAGCCAGUAAGGUUCAGUGAUCUCUGGGACCAGUACCAGGGAGUGGCUGUAGUGGCACUAUUGAGGCACUUUGGAUGCAUUUGCUGUUGGGAAUUGGCAUUGACCUUGAGAGAAUCGAAAGCAAGAUUUGAUUCAGCUGGUGUGAAGCUAAUUGCCGUGGGUGUUGGUACUCCCAAUAAAGCCCGCGUUCUUGCUGAAAGAUUACCAUUCCCAAUGGAUUGCCUUUAUGCUGAUCCUGAGCGCAAGGCAUAUAAUGUUUUGAAACUAUACCAUGGUUUGGGCCGAACUUUCCUCAACCCUUCCAGUGCAAAGGUGUUUUCAAGAUAUGAUUCUCUGCAGAAAGCUGCGGAGAACUAUACAAUUGGAGCUACUCCAAAUGAUAUAAGCAGUGUAUUGCAACAGGGAGGAAUGUUUGUGUUCAGAGGAAAGGAGCUAUUAUAUGCAAGGAAAGACGAAGGGACAGGUGAUCAUGCCCCAUUAGAUGAUGUUUUAGAGGUCUGCUGCAAAGUUCCUGUUGCCUAAUGCUGUAUUUUAUAGAAUUUUAAAUUCUCAUAACUGUAAUAAUGUUCAAUUUAAGAAGAUUUGUUUCAGUAAAUUAGAUUUCCUUGAAUCAUAUCGGCAACAACAUAUUGGAAGUUGUGGAUUUGAUUAAAAAAUCAUAUACAAAUAUUGUAGUCUAAUCUAGAAAUAUGCUG